CAACGCAAAAUAAUGGGGGGUGUGGCAGGUUGAUGAUCAAGGAAGAGAACGACGAACGAUUGAAAUAAGCAAAGAAGCUGAGCCACUUCAGUGCGGUUGGAGCGGCUACAGUGUCAGGAUUACCCACAGCAUCACAGUGUAGCACAAGAGAGCAAUGUCACAAGGAAAUAGUCAAAUGGCCAAUUCGUCGCCGGCCGACACAGAACUAGCGAUGCAGAAGAUAUCCCAUACCUUUGGGUUCCUAGUCUCCAAAAUCCAGCAGUGUCUGGAGCGAAAGAAAGUGAGCGUUGAAGAUUUCAUCAAACACUUGAACUCCGUCCGUGGCGUCGACAAUUCACUGAUGUACUGCCACAGAUCUCUAUACCACUCUUCAAUGGACCAGAUUGAGUCGCAGAGUAGUAUCGGUGACAUAUUCCCUCUCAUAUCGGGCUACUUUUCCUGGUUCAACCACACACCCGUCGAGAAGAUGGUGGCAGAUUUCUGUGCCGGGGACGGAGAGGUCAAAACAACGUACCGAGUUUUCAAGUCACAAUUUGAGGAAUUCUGCGUCAAUAUGAUCACCGAGUGUCACAAGCACGGGUUCGGCUUCGAAAGGAAGAAAGACGCCGCAAAAUUCGUCGUCAAAUUUGACAUCAUGGAGAGCGUGGCAAAGGUCAAUGAACUCAUCGCUCUACGUAACAUAAUUGCAGUCCACGUAAAAGCUGAGAAGCAAUCGCUCUACCUGAGUUCUGCCGAGUGUAACGUCACUAUAAGAGUGGUCUUCCUCCUCCCGCUGUUUGUGGCCGAAGCCAUGUUUCCACUGACGAGAGAACAGGAAAACACGCUCGGGGAUUGUGGCGUGCUUCAAAUGGAGUGUGGGAGCUACCAUUUCACCAGUCCCGCCUGGAGCAGAGAGAGAGAGUCUAGGGAGUCAAGUAUGGGACUAGCUGACUCUAUGUGGUACAUGAGCAUGAUGACUGUCAGUUCAGGU